CCCUUUGCCAACAGCAGCUGGACGCGCACCGAUGGCUCCGCCUGGCUGGGGGCGCUGCAGACCCACUCUUGGAGCAAUGGCUCGGACAUCCACUUCCUGAGGCCCUGGUCCCAGGGCAAGUUAAGUGACCAUCAGUGGGAGCAGCUGCAGCAAGUGUUCUGGGUGUACCGGAGCGGCUUCACCAGGGAGAUCCGGGAAUUCGCCAAAAUGCUGCACUUGGACUAUCCCUUUGUGGUCCAGGUGUCCGCUGGGUGUGAGGUGCACCCUGGAAGCCCCCUAAAAAGCUUCUUCAACUCAGCAUUUCAAGGAAGCGAUUUAUUGAGUUUCCAGGGAACUUUUUGGGUGCCAGCCCCCGAUGCCCCACAUUGGGCCGAGGUGCUCAGCAACGAGUUCAACAAGGACCAAUACACCAGGGACACAGUAGAGUGGCUCAUCAGUGACAUUUGCCCCAAAUUAGUCACCGGACUCCUUGAAGCAGGACAGCAGGAUCUGGAGAAG